AUGUCUUCUUUCAAAGUGGUUAUUGUCGGGGGUGGUCCUGUUGGCGCGUUGGCUGGACUAUACGCUGCCCAGCGGGGAUUUGAAGUUGAGAUUUAUGAAAUGCGAGACGAGUACAAUCAGCUUCAUACUGCGACUGCCUUCUCUACCAAGAGUAUCAGCCUGACCUUGUCUGAGCGAGGCAUCAAGUCAUUGCGUCAGAGUAAAUGCAAGAACCUGGCGGAAAGGAUCCUAUCCAAGACUGUCCCCGUGUACGGUCGAAUGGUACAUGGCAAGACCAAAGCAGGAUUGACCACGAGGCGGAUUCCAUAUGAUGUUCAUGGGCAGGCUCUUUAUGCUAUCAGCCGCUCGGAAAUUAAUUACAGCCUACUUCGAGAGCUGUCCAAAUUUCCCAAUGUCCGUGUCUUCUAUAAGCAUAAGCUCAGUGGCUUGGACAUGAAGCAGAAGUCUGCCACUUUCCAGAACAUCACCAAGACCCAUGAGCCGGACCAUGAAACCAAGUUUGAUUUACUCAUCGGGGCUGAUGGAGCCCAUUCGACGACUCGUUUCCACCUCUCCCGCUAUGCCAAAAUAAACAUCAGCCAGAAGUGGGAGGAUAUCUUCUGGUGCGAGCUCACCAUACCUUCAGGGCAUUCCCUUCCUCUGGACUGUCUUCAUAUGUGGCCCCAACACGAUUUUAUGUUGUUUGCUUGUCCAGAUAAGGAAGGAACACUUACCUGUAACCUAUUUGCCCCCGAAAGCGUCUUUGUGGAGCUGAAGUCAUCCGGAAGAAUUGUGGAGUUCUUCGAGAAACAUUUCCCUGGUAUUACACCGGACCUCAUCCCCACCGACAGCCUUCAAAAGCAGUUCCAGUCCAAUCUUCACCAUCCCAUGAUUGAUAUUCGGUGCUCUCCGUAUCAUUACCAGGACUCCUGUGUACUGAUUGGUGAUGCGGCGCAUGCCAUGGUCCCCUUCUACGGACAAGGCAUGAACACUGGCUUUGAAGAUGUCCGGAUCCUUUUCGAAGAUUUCCUAGAUCAAAGGAAAAACCUGCCUUCCUUGCCGUACGAUCUCUCUUUGACUCAUUUGGUACAACAAAAAGAGCCACUCGACACCCCCGCAGCCAUUGUGGGGGACUAUCUCGAGCAGUAUACCAAGUUCCGCCAGCCUGACGUCCACAUAAUCAACGAACUGGCCCUGCAGAACUACAAGGAGCUGAGACAAGGCGUUCUCAAAGUCUCCUACCGGGUCCGCAAGCAGAUUGAGGAAUUCUUGUGUUUCUAUGCGCCCCAGCUCGGCUGGGCCACCCAGUACCGGAUGGUGGCUUUUGAGACCAUGCGAUACACCGAGGUCUUGCGACAGGUCCGAAAGCAGGGGCUGAUAUUGAGCAGUGUGGCUUGGAGCUGUCUGGUAGCCUUUUCCAUUUUCUGUCUGUUUUCCCUCCACCUUUCAAAAGCUAUUGAUGUUUUGAUUUGA